AUGCUAGAUAACAGUAACAACAGCACCCUGCACCCCCUGCUGCUUGUUAAGUUCUUCAUUAUCGUCUGCAGGAAUAUGGAAAACAUUGACCCAGAGAAGACCCCAGGCUUUGUCUUCGAGACCCUUAAACUGUUAAACUUCUGCUUGACUCAGCUGAAGAAGCAGCCUGCGGAUCAGUCGUCCCUCCAGACAGUGAUUCAGUAUGGCCUAAUGCUGUUGGAGAGUCUCUUUGACCCUUAUAAUACAUGGAGGAGACGCCUGACAGGGGAGGAGGUGAGCAUGGUGGAGAGGAGCAAGUAUAAGUUCUCCCCUCUCCCCUUACCAGAGGAGCUGCCUGCUCUAUUCCAUGACAGCCUGCAGGACAGCCAGCAGAUCCCAGAGGACCUCGCUCUCCGAUUGGUCCAUCUCCAAGGGGCUGUCAUCAGUGGCAGCAAGAAGAACGGCCUGCUCUCCAUCACCCUGCAGUCUGUGGAGGACCUUCUUUCUGUACUCCGAGCCUGGUGCCUCCGGACCUCCUCCAACCCCAAGGACCCCACGCUGCUACGGCUGACCCUGCAGUGCCUGACUGCAAUGGUGCAUACCCUCCACUCCAGUAGUCCUGCAGAGCGCCGGCUGGAGAUCAGGACCGUGUUGGAUGGCUACUUCCAGGUCCUGAACUGGAACCGGCCUCCAGGGUUAGGGAACGAGCAGGAGGACGGGCAGAGCUGGGAGGAACACCUCAUCACUCUCCAGAGUCACAUGCUGACUUCGGUGCCUGAGAUCCUGCAGUGUUCAGACAGACCGGUGCUGCAGGCCAUCUUCCUCAACAACAACUGCUUCGAACACAUCCUCCGACUCAUCCAGAACAGCAAGCUCUAUCACAGUAAAAGGUGUAGGUCGGAGCGUGAGGGGGUGUGUGACCUCACCACACGUUUGCUCACGGACACAGAGGUGGAAGUAGACCAGGUUUUGGAGAAAGGUUCCGACUGCAUUACAGUCCAUGCCCUCGGAGUCCUCACAUCCAUCAUGAGUAACUCCCCUUCUGCCAAGGAGGUUUUCAAGGAGAGGAUUGGCUACUCCCAGCUGUUUGACGUCCUGAAGAGUCAGGGUCAGCCCACUAAACGCCUGCUGCAGGAACUCAUGAACAUGGCGGUGGAAGGGGAACACGCCCACACCCAUCACCUGGGUGUCAGUAACGACCAGCCCCUCCUCCUCCUCCUACAGUGGCUGCCUGACCUGGCCCCCCAGAGGGACCUGCAGCUCCUGGUAGCCCAGUGGCUGGCUGCGGUCUGCGGGGGCUCCCUGGCCUGCCGUACGGUGGCUGUGGAGGCCGGCCUGGUGGGGGCUGUGCUCCAUGUCCUCUCCCAGCCACAGAGACUGGACCGCCAGUGUGCCGAUGGCCUCCUGGGGAUGUUACAGGACAUGGGGUCUCUCUGUCUGAGGCCUGCUGAGCUGAAGUCUCUGUUGAGGCUGCUCCGACCCCUCGAUCAGGGGCAGGACGUGUUGGCAGGGAAGAGGACGGGGACACACCCUUACUGCGCCCGCAUCAUCCGGGUGCUGGCGGCGAUGGCGGCCAGGGAUGGGAGGAACAGCGCCCUGCAGUAUUUUGACCUGACACAUCCCCUGGCAGGGAUCAUGGUGCCCACGGUCCAGCGCUGGCCAGGCAGUGGGUUUUCCUUCCACGCCUGGCUUUGUCUCAACAUGGACUUCCCACAAUACCACUCAGAGUUCUCCACACCCAGCACCCGCCCGUCUGCUGGGGCACCAGGGGCGGCGACACGGGGUAUGGGCAAAGGCCCCCGCAGGAAACAGCUGUACAGCCUGUUGACAGCCGGUGGUACAGGUUUAGAGGCUUUCUUCACCAUGGAGGGAGUGUUGGUGGUGGCUGUCUGCACUAAGAAAGACUACAUGGUCGUGUCCCUGCCAGAACACCCUCUAACAGACUGCUGCUGGCACUCUGUGGAUAUAGUCCAUAUUCCCGGCCGCCGCCCCUUUGGUCAGAAUCUGGUCACCAUCUACAUCGAUGGAGAACAGCGCAAGACAGCCCAGCUCCGAUUCCCCUCGCUCAAUGAGCCUUUCACCUCCUGUUGUAUUGGCUCAGCAGGCCACCGUACCACCACCACCACCACCUCCCCCACCCUGCCUCCUCCCUCCCUCCACCCAGCAGAGAUGGGCUUCCCCACCCACGCUCCCCCCAUCACCCGCUCCCAGUCCUUCCCAGCCUCCUUUGCGGCAGGCCGCUGGGGGCCUGGGCCCCUGCGUGACGCUCCCGUCCACACCAUCCCCGCCGGGCUGCAGGAUACGGAGUGGGGCACGCCCACCUCACUGGACGGGCUCCUGGGGACCGCCUUCAUCUGUCAUGAGGCCCUGCAGCCAGCGCACACCAAGGCCCUAUACACUGCUGGCCCCAACCAUGUGUCCCUGUUCAAGGCAGAUGGAGAGCUGUCGGACCUCAACAGUAAACUGCUUCUCUACUACACUCCUCAGGCCUUCAAGAGUCAGAUCUGUGUGGACCUGUCCCCUAACCACCAGUAUGAUGGCAGACUGACAGGCCACAGGGUGGUGAACUGGGACAUCAAGGAUGUGUUGAACACAUUGGGGGGCAUGGGGGUUCUACUGCCCCUCCUGGAACAGGUGUGUGAGCCAGAGCAGGCGGAGGGAGGAGGUCAGGAGACGUCAGACCUGCUGGGACCAGAACUAACCUGUAGCUCCUCCCGGGGGCCUGUCGGCAUGCUGCUGCCACUGGGCAAGUCCUCCGAUGGUCGGCUGGAGAGGAACAGUGUAGCAGCCUUCCUGCUGAUGGUGAAGAAUCUGAUUCGUCAUCACCCUGUCAACCAGGAGAGCCUACUGAACUGCCACGGACCCAGCAUUAUAGGAGCCAUGCUCACUAAGGUCCCAGGUAGUAUGAUGGAUAUGUCUGUUCUGAUGGCGUGUCAGUUCCUGUUGGAGCAGGUAUCCAGUGAGGAGAACAGUCCGUUGCUCCUGCAGCUCUACCAACACCUGCUAUUUGACUUCCGCAUCUGGAGCAACAGCCACUUCGCUGUGUGUCUGGGCCAUGUCCAGUACAUGUCGUCUGUGAUCAAGGAUGGGAAGCAUCGCAUGAGGAAGAAGUAUGGAGUGCAGUACAUCCUGGAUACCAUAUGGACACACUACAGUGUGGAGAAAGAUGGCAGUCCUCUGUCUGAUGAAAAGCAGACUGUUCAGAUCUCUCUGUUCUCUCUGCUGAGAGACUUCCUCCUCAAGUGUCCUACUGCUGAAGAGCUCCACAGCAUCUUGGCCUACACACUGGCUAUAGGAGAAGAGCAGCAGGUGGUGAGUGCGUUAGAUGUGGUUUAUAGUCUGUUGAGGAGCAGCCCCCCCAGAGAGCAGGUCCAGGCUGUACUGUUGGAGUGGGGAGUAGAACAGCUCUACUGUCUGCUGCUCAAACCCAGCUUUGGAGACGAGGUCAGGGAGAGAGUCUUCAGGGUUCUGUACAAGAUCCUGAAGAGUGAACGAGUGUCUGAGCGAGCCAAGCAACGUGUCAAGUUGAAGGAUUUUGGAUACCUCGGUCUUGUUUGUUUUCUAGGAGACGUCCCCGUAACCAUGACCACCGUGCGCUGUCUUUACGAGCAGGUCCUCGCUACAGAUGCCACUCCUAACUUCAGAGACCUGCUGGCUGUGGUCCACCUGUCCCAUCGUGCUGAGCUCACUGUCCGUCUGGACGUCUGUCGCAAGCUCUUCUACCUGAUCUAUGACAAUGAGGACUAUGUUCGUCAGCUGGCCCGUCAGCCAGGCUGGCAGGAUGUGUUAACUAAGCUCUAUAUGAAGGAGUCCUAUGAGUCUCGCGGUCCCUCCCUGGCAGGCUCCAGCACCCACAGCUCCCUGGACCCCUCCUCCUCCCGCCCCCCUCUCAGGAGAGAUCACAGCAUGGUCAUAGAGGACUCUCAGUACGCUCACACA